AUGGAAUUGGCUUUAUUGGAGACUGUUAACAUCAGAGCUCAGUUAGAUUCAGCAUAUUUGAGAAAUAUACAACAGCAUAAUGAUACCGUUACAAAAAACACAUUGAGAAUGGAAGAAUUAGCUCAUAUAGGAAAAGCAAAGUCUUAUUAUCAGUUGAUGAAAAUUUCCCUGAUGAGAUCUAGAAAAAAAGUAAAAAAUCUCCAAACAAGUGUUGGUGCUUUGCGGAAAAGAAUUAAAACUCUAAGUGGUUUAUUUAAACUUUUGAAGCAGAAGAUGCACAUAACAGAUUCAGCUGAAACUGUAUUGAAGAAUAGAGAUGAUCUUAGCAGCGACUUGCAAGUCGCCGGGAUACCGGUGACAGCGACCUUAAAGUCUAGUGUAUAUGUUUUGUGA